GAAGGUCACGACCACCCAGAGCUUCCGAGGCCCGCCCUGGAGCCGGAGACCCCGCCCCGGGCCCGCCAUCUGGAGGGCGACGGAUGGAGGAAGGAAGGAUACGGACCCAGGCGUCCACCCCACCUCCACCCCCCGCCCCCGCCAUCCCGGCCAGAUAAAGGGGCCGAGGCCAAAAGGGGAGCGCGGCCCCACCCCCCGGAGCAGAGGAGCGGCAGCCCCUGCAGGACGGGGGCCUGGCCGCGAUGGGCUCCGCCGCGGCCCCGGAGCGAGCGCUGGGCUACGUCCGCGAGUUCACCCGCCACUCCGCCGACGUGCUGGGCAACCUCAACGAGCUGCGCCUGCGCGGCAUCCUCACCGACGUCACGCUGCUGGUCGGCGGGCAGCCCCUGCGGGCUCACAAGGCGGUGCUCAUCGCCUGCAGUGGCUUCUUCUAUUCCAUCUUCCGGGGCCGUGCAGGAGUUGGGGUGGAUGUGCUCUCCCUGCCCGGGGGGCCCGAAGCCGGAGGCUUCGCUCCCCUUCUGGACUUCAUGUACACCUCGCGCCUACGCCUCUCUCCCGCCACCGCGCCUGCCGUCCUGGCGGCCGCCACCUAUUUGCAGAUGGAUCACGUGGUGCAGGCAUGCCACCGCUUCAUUCAGGCCAGCUAUGAGCCUCUGGGCAUCUCCCUGAGGCCCCUGGAGGCAGAAGCCCCCACGCCCCCAGCGGCCCGGCCACCAGGCAGCCCCAGGCGCUCCGAGGGGCACCCAGACCCGCCUACGGAGUCUCGCAGCUGCAGUCAAGGCCUUCCCAGUCCAGGCAGCCCCGACCCCAAGGCCUGCAACUGGAAAAAAUACAAGUUCAUCGUGCUCAACUCUCAGGCCUCCCAAGCGGGGAGCCUGGUGGGGGAGAGGAGUUCUGGUCAACUCUGCCCCCAAGCUGGGCUCCCCAGCGGCGACGAGGCCUCCAGCAGCAGCAGUGGCAGCGAAGAAGGACUCAUUCCCGGUCCCCAGAGCAGGCUCUCUCCAAUGGCUGCCACCGUUCAGUUCAAAUGUGGGGCUCCCGUCAGUACCCCCCAUCUCACACCCCGGCCUCAAGAAGCCACGGCAUCACCUCCCUCCGGGCAGGCUCGUCCUCCACCAGGAAGUGAAUUUUUCAGCUGCCAAAACUGUGAAGCUGUGGCUGGCUGCUCCUCGGGGCUGGACCCCUUGGCUUCUGGGGAUGAGGACAAGCCCUACAAGUGCCAGCUCUGCCGGUCUGCCUUCCGCUACAAGGGCAACCUGGCCAGUCACCGCGCGGUGCACACAGGGGAGAAGCCCUACCACUGCUCCAUCUGCGGGGCCCGCUUCAACCGGCCGGCCAACCUGAAGACGCACAGCCGCAUCCACUCGGGAGAGAAGCCCUACAAGUGUGAGACGUGCGGCUCCCGCUUUGUCCAGGUAGCACACCUGCGCGCGCAUGUGCUGAUCCACACCGGGGAGAAGCCCUAUCCUUGCCCCACGUGCGGGACUCGCUUCCGUCACCUACAGACCCUCAAAAGCCACGUUCGCAUCCACACGGGGGAGAAGCCUUACCACUGCGACCCCUGCGGCCUGCAUUUCCGGCACAAGAGCCAACUGCGGCUGCAUCUGCGCCAGAAACACGGAGCUGCUACCAACACCAAAGUGCACUACCACAUUCUGGGCGGGCCCUAGCCGAGCCGGGCCCAGGCCCCAGGCACUUUCUGAAGGCCAGGGAAGCUGCUGGCCCGCACCUGGCUUCUCGGGCAGACCUGGGCAUGGAGGUGGGCAAGGCCCCUCCGUUCUCAGAAACUGCCGCCACCUUCGUUUCUCACUGGGGAGAGCAGGGGUGGGCAGGUCACCCUUCGAUCUGCCUCUGUUUUGCUGGUCAAAACCUCUUCCCCACAAUCCAUUGUUUCUAAGGAGAGAGCAAGCUAGGCCCUGGGGAGGGAAAAGGCCGGAGGCCUGGUUUUCGUAAGGCCGUGGUCGGCCAACUGUUGACUAAUGAGUUUGCCACCCACCUUAAGAGAACAGUCUUCCACCUGCAGUCCCCAUCUCAUACGGUUUCUCUGUAAAUAUAAGUUAUUGAGGCCUCUGGGUGGCACCCGGGCCUUCGUUCUAUUGCCUUUCCUAGCUCCCCCUCCCGGUGCGAUCGGUGACCUGAAGCACAGAACGUGAGGUCACACUCUGCUGGCAGAGAUCGGCACUUGGCUUGAGUGUUUUAUGUUCCUGUUGCCACCGCCUCUGACUUUAGAAUUGUUCUUCCUCCUGUGUGUUUGCUUGUCGGUUUGUUCAAAGCGGAGAAAGGGGUUCUGUGUGUCCCCUGCCCCUCCGACUCCAGGUCUGGGACCACUGUUUGUCCUGGGGCAGCUCUGGCAACACGUGCGUGUGUGGAAUGGGGUCAGGAACCCUUUGGACUCGGGAUAUUCGAGGUCCUCUAGCAGGCUAGAACUGGAUAGACCUUUCUCUGUUCUCCAGGGGCUAUGGGACCUUUAAGGGGAGCCUGGAAUGCAGGUAAUAAAUGCCUCCUGAGGGCUGUGCGUGUGGGGCUUUCUCAGUCUUGGGGGGGAUGACUGGAGAGGCUUUUUCUUAUACCCAUAACGGGGUCCCAUUCAUCUGCUCACCUAGGUUCACGUCUGCUGCGCCUAUCGCGGUAGAGCUUACAACCCUCCCACAAGGGCCUGCUGUCAGCACUGAGUUCUGGAAUUCCUUUUCUGACUCUGCCCAGUCUCUGGGAAUGUUCUGACCUCCGGGAGAGUUUUGAAACUCUUUUUUAUCUUAGCUAAACAUGUCCCGACCAGUCCUUUGAUGCCUAGGCAUCUGGGUUUGAAUGUCCCGUGGGGGUUCUCGCUACCUGAGACAAGCUCCUUCCUUCAGCGGGUUUUUGGACAUGUUCUGGCACAUGUCCAGAUUCCAGAAACUUCUUUGCCUCUAGAAGCCACAGGUGCGUGGUAGCUUUCUUACCUUAGAAAAGCUGGGUCUGUGACCUGGCCUUCCCAUCACUGUAUUCCUGUCCGGAACCAGUGAACGCACUAGGACCUUCCACGGGGAGAGAAAAGAGGCUGAGUUCCAUUUAGGGUUUGAUAUAGAUUGGGAUUGGGAUUACUGUUGGGGUUAGAGGUUGAGACUUAAAAGACUGAUUGACUAACCGAUGGACCUUCUUGAGGACCAAGUAUCCAGGUAGAAUUAAGAGGCUGGUUGAGGGGUGCAGUUUCUGGUAUAGGCCAAGGAGGUAGAAAGUUAGGAAUGGGGUCUGCCUCUUAACUGGGCAGAAGGUCUGGAAUGUUCGAUGAUACUCUGAAGCCUUGACUUACAGUCCCACCCCUCUUGCCAUGGAGCCUAUUUGAUUACGGGGCAUGGGGAAGAGGGGAAGAAGGACUUCGAAUGUGUGGGGGUAGAGCUUCCUCAAGAUAGGUCAGUACUAGUGGUCAUCAUUUGGAAACUCUUUACCCUCUUACUCCCCACCGCAGACUUGCAGGAAGAGAGCAGAAGAGAGAUGUGCAGAGGAACCAGGAUUUUUAUUUUUAUUUUUUAGCGGUCUGGAUGGGCAGGUGGAGAGUGCCUCGGGGUGGAGAUGUUAGAUCUUGCAAGAUCAGAACCAUGGAAUAAAGAAGCCUCUCACGUUGCCUGCUGUGUCCUGGGGUUCUGGCCUGGGGAGCCUGGGGACUGCGGAGGCCUGCGGAAAGAGGGGCCCCCCUCCUGGGCAUCAUCCUGCGGUUUUGUGCUCAUUCCACCAGACAUUUCAAAUGGGCCGUGUUCUCCCCGGCCCUGCCCUUGCCUUCUGGCUCCUGGUGCAGGAACUGGUGACUUCACCAAGUGCUCCGGAGCCACCUGCAUCCUGCCGCUCUGAAGUCACUUCCUGCCUCAAGUGAGGAGGCGGUGGAGGCGGCUGGGAGAAACCAGGAAGCCACGAAUAAUACCAAGGCGCUGGGGGAAUGCAUCUGUGCUGGGACACACUAGCACCACACAAAAAAAGAAAAAAAAGGGGGGGGGGGGUAGGGUUUGGGUCCCCUGAGGACAACAGGGGCUGGAGGUAGCAGUGAGGAGGCUGUGCGGCCCUCCCCCAGCAAUGCGGUCUUGGAAUUUCUCCACUGCCCAACGUAAGCGUCUCUCCCAUCCUGACCCCCGUCCUGUGUGUGUUCUGGGUGCACAGCUCUGUACUGCCCUGUGGGUAGAACAUACAAGGCCACUAAUUCUGAGACAUCACCUUCCUUUUGGACUUAAAUUACUCGUCUGUGAAAUAAGUCUAUUCACAUGGUCUCUGCAGCUGCUUCCAACA